ACACAAGUCUUCAUCUAAGAAAAACUCUUCCAGAAUGAAGAGGCUCAAAGUUUCCUCUAAGGCUCUACAUUGCAGAAGUGGAAGAGCAUACCUGAUCAAUAAAGUGAAGCUAAUCUGAAUUGACUGUGUUGGGCACCAUCCAGAUCCUUCCACCAAACCAAACGAACCUCCUUGCCAUCCUAAAUCCGAAUUCACAAUUUGCAGAUUUUCCGAUAUUGAUUGCAAUUAGCGAUUCGUUUAUCUGCGGUUUGCUUUUUGCAAUUCCAAUUUUGUUAACGAAGAAGAAGAAGUAAGUCUGAACACAAUGGGAGAACACAAGUCUUCAUCUAAGAAAAACUCUUCCAGAAUGAAGAGGCUCAAUGUUUCCUCUAAGGUAUUUUUUUUCAACUCUCCUUUUCGAUGCUUUCCAUGUAUUGACAUAAUAAUAUUCGUUUCGCUUGCUCAGUAUUAUGUAUAAUUAAUGUUCGUGUGUGGUGUGUUGCUUUAUUUCUAUUUCGUUUUGAAUGUCUGUGUAUAGUUAUGUAUUUUAGGGUUUAUCUUCAUCUUAAACUAAAGUUAUUGAACUUUGUUUUGUAUCAAAUAAAAUCAUUCAACUUAAGGUUUUAAUUUUUAAUCUACUUUAAUUUGCUUUUUAAGGGCUUAUGUUUUUUCUGAUUACUGAAUUAAUUUUUGUGAUGUUAUGGAAUAUUUGUUAAUGUCCUUUUGUAGAGAUGCUAAUAGUUCCCUUUUUACUGGUGGUGGAAAUAUGGAAGAGAAUUAAAACUGGUUAGUUAUCUGCUAUUUUGCUCGGAUUCUCCAUAAAUGUUAGUUGCACCCGUAUUGGAUCCUCCUAAAAUGCACUACUUUUUGUGGAUCAAGCACCCGGCGACAUUUUUGAAGAGUUCGAACAAACAUAAGUUAUGUGUACCCUCUGUUGAACAUAAGUCCAAGCAACAUAUGUAAUUAGCUGGUUUUACUUUUGGGUCUUUUCAUUGUGUACCAUCAGGGGAUGUCUUUUGGGGGAUAAAAAUUAAGAUAGUCGUUCUUUUAGCUAAAAAUUAAAAUGAAACUGUUUUCCAAGAACAAGGGUCAAAAGGUAGUUCAAAAGGCUGGUUAUUUUGGGUACAAUACUUGUAUGAGUUGACAUUACUGAACUGGGAGAAUAUAAGUCCUACUCCUUCCAGUUUGCUUAGAAGGGAUUAUUUUCAUGUAAAUAUUCAUAUACAUAUCUGUAAUAUUGUAAGGCUUCAUGUGAUAUAGCUCAUGAUUGCUCGUGGGAGUGUUAAGUCACAUUGCAUAGUCAUUUGGAUCGCUAUAGUUAGAGUUCCAUGAAUCAUUUAUUGUUCUUUGUAUUUUUUUUGUUUUCUGCUCUAUCCGCAGUACAACCUUAGUGGAGCAAAUCUAGAGUUAUUUAUGAAAAGAAACAAUUACUGCACCUGUUAAUACUUGGUAUCUUUUAGAAGCAACCAUGGAAAAACAGAUAUCUAAGAUCUUUUAUUAAAUAUAUUCUCUUUUGUUUCAAUUUGUAAUUCCUUAACUGACAUCCAGAAUAAAGAGCUAUGAAAGACUCUAUAAUGCUUGAUCGUGCCAACACGCUUUGUACACUCGUUAUUGAAUAUAUUUAAUACCCAAAUAUUCAUGGAGAUGUUUUCAUGAGAAAUUGCAUUAUAUUUUUAAUUAAAAUUAGGCAUACUUUUGUAGAACAAUGUAAGGUUACCUCCUGUUUUCUUAUCAAUACAUUCUCGUCUUGUUGCUGGCAAUUCCACUUUAUUAUCCUUCAUUAUACAUCUUCACGUGUUGUGUGGUUAGAUACACAAGAAAAAAAGCAGAAAAAACAAAUCCAAGAGGUUAUCCAGUUCCAAGGAUGACUUGUCAUCUUCUGCUUCUUUCUAUUAUCCUAGCAGUCCACAGUUUUUGUCCUCUGAUUCAGAGGUUGAUUAUAGUAGGAAAAAAUGUAGGCACUCACGUGAUAUGCAACACGUGAAGACAAGAACUUGGAGAAGAUAUUCAAGCCAAGAUGUCAGUGAGAGUUCACCCCUGUAAAGAAAGAAAACUGUCAAAUAGAAAAAGUCUUGAUUAUGGGAGGAAAGUACGAAAGAGACAAUAGUAUUAGCUCCGUAGGUAGAGAUUCUAAGAGCUUUUCCACUUGCCAAGAUGCAACUAAUAGUGGUAAAUAGAAAGUGAUUAUAAUAUUGAGUUUAAUUAAAAUACAUUUGCAUAUACUACUUAAGGUUCCAAAUAUUUAUAGCUUUAACAAAUUAAUCUUGUCGUAAAAUACCUGACGUCUACUUUUAAUAAAACAAAAUCUGCGCCGCAUGUAAAAAUAAGCCGGUUUUCUACUUUGUUUUUAUGGAAAUUAACACACUUCUGUGGGCUUAACUCCAAAUCCUUAAAACCCCUCUAAGCCUUGUACCUUCAUCCAUUCUAUAAGAAGGGUUUUGAUUUGGGGAAAUUGAGGUUGUGUGAAGUGAAAAAUGGGGAGAGUAUUUUUGGUUCAUCCUGAAGGCAAAACAUGGAAUUGCAAAUUCUGCGAUGCCAAACUUGGUCACGUUGGUUCACUUGUUACAAAGGCUUUACGUUGCAGCAGUGGAAGAGCAUACCUGUUCAAUGAAGUGGUAAAUAUAACUUUUGGAGAGGCUGAGGAGAGGACGUUGCUUUCUGGAACGCACACUGUAAUGGAUAUAUUUUGUGUUCGCUGUGGGCAGAUUGUUGGCUGGAAAUAUGUGAAAUCCCAUGAGGAAAGCCAGAAGUACAAGGAAGGGAAAUUUGUCCUUGAAGGGAUCAGGAUCGUUGAGGGUGAAUUUGAUUCUGAAUUCUACAUUGAUACUCGUUCAAGCUCAAGUGAUGAUGAAGAUGGAGAUACAGUGUAAUUGUGGGAGCUUAGUGCACCGAUUUGCAGAUACUUGUAUCUUGUAGACUUAGCAAAAGAAUAGUUGUAUCUUAUCUGGAGAUCUCUUCAAGUUUGUGGAUGUUUAAACUAAGUUGCUGCAGAAGUGUUUUCUAAUCAAUAUGGGUUGACUUAAGUUAAUGAUUUAGUGGUCUUACAUGUU